GAAGCAGCUCGGUAGGGAGAAAGGCGUGUCUUUCUCUUUCCAUCACUAAAUUCUCGCUCACGCUUCUCCAUAGCUGUGGUUUAGCUGUAUUUGCGCUCUCUCGCUCUCAUUCUGGUUCUCUUUCUAUCUCUAUAACUUUCUCCGUUUCUCUCCCUAAAAAAAACCCUUCGCUCGGCGCUUCUCUCCCUCACCUCAAGGAUGAGAUGAAGACUGGCAAAAUACAAUUUCUUUCUCAUCUUAGCCUCCUCUUCCUUCUCUUCGUCGCCGCCCGUGGAUUCUCAGGCCGAGAACUGACAUCGCCGGAGGCGGUGUCCAUUCGGCAGCGGCAGCUCCUCUACUACCGCGAUGAGUACGGCGACCGCGGAGAGAAGAUAACGGUCGAUCCAUCACUAACCUUCCCAAACUCCCACCUCCGUAAUGCCUACAUUGCUCUCCAGGCAUGGAAGCAGGCGAUCGUCUCGGAUCCGCUGAAUCUGACCGGAACCUGGGUCGGAUCAAAUGUCUGUGCCUACAAGGGCGUCUUCUGCGCCCCGCUUCCAUCUAACCACAGCCUUACUGUCGUUGCCGGCAUCGACAUCAACCACGCCGACAUCGCCGGAUUCCUCCCGGAAGAGCUAGGCCUACUCACGGACCUCGCCCUUUUCCAUAUCAACUCCAACCGUUUCUGCGGCACCAUUCCUCACCGAUUCGACCGUCUUCGCCUCCUCUACGAGCUCGAUCUCAGCAACAAUCGCUUCGCCGGAAAGUUUCCUACUGUUGUUCUUCGCCUUCCAUCUCUCAAGUAUCUCGACCUCCGUUUCAAUGAAUUCGAGGGAACGGUUCCGUCUGAGCUUUUUGACAAGGAUCUUGAUGCUAUCUUCAUUAAUAGUAACCGAUUCCGCUUCGAUAUUCCUAACAACAUCGGGAAUUCGCCGGUGUCGGUUAUCGUCCUCGCUAAUAACCGAUUCGGCGGAUGCUUGCCGGCGAGCAUCGGCAACAUGUCGAAAACCCUUAAUGAGAUUAUCCUGAUGAACAAUGGACUCAGAUCUUGCUUUCCUAAGGAGAUCGGGCUUCUAAAGAAGCUGACAGUUUUGGAUGUGAGCUACAACGAGCUCGUCGGCCCGUUGCCGAAUGAGAUCGGGAAAAUGCGUAGAUUAGAGCAGCUUGAUGUGGCUCAUAAUCUCCUCUCUGGUCAGAUCCCGGCGUCGAUCUGCCAGCUUCCGCGGCUCGAGAACUUUACCUUCUCCUACAACUUCUUCACUGGUGAGCCGCCGGUCUGUCUUAGGGUAUCGUCGUUUGAUGACCGGCGAAACUGCCUGCCUGGCCGUCCGUUGCAGCGAACGCCGAAGCAAUGUGCCGCAUUCCAGCGUCUUCCGGUGAACUGCAACUCCUUCCACUGCGCUCCGUUUGUUCCACCGCCGCCGUCAUUGCCACCGCCGCCGCUGACACAAUCUCCUCCGCCGCCAGUAUCUGGGCCUCCGCCCCCAUCUCCACCUCUAAUUUUGUCACCACCGCCGCCUUCCCAAUCUCCGCCAUUGCCUCCAACAACAUCUCCUACACCGCCACAGGUAUCUCCUCCUCCCCCUUCCCCAUCUCCUUCACCGCCGCCUCCAUCUCCUCCUCCACCUUCUCCACCACCCCCAUCUCCUUCACCGCCGCCACCAUCUCCUCCUCCACCUUCGCCACCACCACCUUCCCCUCCUCCGUCAUAUCCUCCUCCCCCUUCACCACCGUCUCUACCACCACCACCGCCAUCUCCUCCACCCUCGCUACCACCUCCACCUCCCCCUUCACCACCUCCUCCUUCACCCUCUCCACUAUCUCCUCCACCACCAUCUCCCCCUCCCCCUUCUCCUUCACCUUUGCCACCAUCACCUCCUCCGGCUUCCCCAUCACCAGCGCCUCCACAACCCACUCCACCCUACUGCAUCCAUUCACCACCUCCACCACCCAAUUUCCCUCCACCACCGCUAAUCUAUUCACCUCCGCCACCACCCAUUCCACAUUAUUCUCCUCCACCAGCAUACCCAUCUCCUCCACCCCCACCCAAUUCUCCGCCUCCACCCAAUUCUCCUCCUCCACCGCCCAAUUCUCCGCCUCCACCCAAUUCUCCUCCUCCACCAAUUCAUUAUUAUCCUUCACCACCUCCCCCACCUAACUCACCUCCUCCACCACCUCCUUGCAUCGAACCACCACCACCACCUCCUCCGCUUCCUUGUAUAGAGCCACCUCCUCCUCCUACACCAUCAUCACCCUCUCCACCUCCACCAUCGUUAUCACCGCCACCGCCACCUUCUCCAUCACCACUACCGCCUUAUCAUUAUCAAUCACCACCACCUCCACCACCAUCACCUUCCCCAUCUCCAUCGCCACCUUAUCGCUAUAUAUCACCACCCCCGCCAUAUCGAUAUGAAUCCUCACCACCGCCACCCCCAAUCCACUACAACUCGCCACCGCCACCUUCUCCAUCACCGCCUCCGCCUUAUCAUUAUCAUUCUCCACCACCGCCUUCUCUAUCACCGCCACCUCCAAUCCACUAUCAUUCGCCACCACCACCUUCUCCAUCACCGCCACCCCCUUAUCAUUACCAAUCUCCACCACCGCCACCCCCAAUUCACUAUAAUUCACCACCACCGCCAUCACCAUCUCCUCCACCUCCACUUCCUUGCGAAACUCCUCCCCCGCCGCCACCAGUGUAUGAGGGACCAUUGCCGCCAAUAACCGGCAUAUCUUACGCAUCCCCUCCGCCUCCUAGUAUCCCAUAUUACUGAUUCUUUGAGAAUCACCCUCAUCUUUUUCCCCUUCUCCCUUUGAAAAAUUGGUGCUCGUUAAAUAGUAGAGCCAACUAGAUCAUUUAACCCAGAACUUUUUGUGAUGGUGAGACCAUUGAAGCAGAGAUUGGAUUGGGAAAUGGAGAAGAUGAAGGAGAUGAAUGUAGAGGGUGGAAAUUAAAUGUCUGAAAAUUGAUUGCAAAUUAUAGAUAUUUGCACUGUGAAUAAAUUGGCGGGAGAGAGAGACAGAGAGACUUGGAAUCGAUUCAGAGCUUCUUAGAUGCAGAAAGAAAAUCAAUGUAUAGAGCAUGAUGAGAUUUGCCAGUAGAUCAUCAACUGUGUUCUUAAUUGUUAUCUUGAUCUUCUAUACUAGAUUUAUUUUAUUUCAUGGACUCUUGAUUUUUAAUUCUUAUUUCUUAUACAAAUUCGUAUCAUGACUGUUUGAUCAUAGUAGAA